CUUUCUUCUCUCUCAAAAAAAAAUCAUACUUUCUCCCUGUGUCCACUAAAAAAAUAAAAAUUCUCCGCGUGUCAUACUCGGUUUUCUCAAAGAAAAGAAAAAAACUGUCUGCUUCCUUACGCUAAAAAUAUAUAAAUACAAUCUUGUUCCUAAUAAGUGGAUCAGGCGCCGGUCAAUUCUCCUGUCACAAAUCCUAGUCCCGGCGAACCGAGGGGACGAUGCCGCCAGGAGUAGGAGAAGGAGGAGGAUAUAGCUGCACGGAGCAGGACCCCUUACCGGCGACCAGUCACCGUGGCCGCGACGAGGACGCUCCGUCCCGUUCCCCACCGCUCCCCGUCGUUGCUCCCGAGGAGAAGAAAAAGAAGAAGAAGCUGACGCUCGAGCACGAGCAGCAGCCCGCGGUGGACCUCUCCGACGACGUCAUCAUCGAGAUCCUGUCGCGGGUGCGCUACAAGUCGCUCUGCCGCUUCAAGUGCGUGUCCAAGUCGUGGCUCGCCCUCUGCUCCCGACUCGACAUCCGCAAGAGGUCACCGCAGACCCUGUCCGGCCUCUACUUCUUCGGAGAGGAACGCGGCGAGGGCCUCAAUUUCCAUGAUCUGGCAGGGGGUGGGCCCCCUUUGUUCGAUGCCGGUCUCUCUUUCUUGGCCAGUUAUUACUAUGAACAAGUUGGUGUCGAAAAAUGUUGCGGCGGCCUUCUGCUUUGCGUGUGCUGGAAACCACGCUCAGUGCAAGUGGAUUUCGAUUAUGUCGUGUGCAAUCCGGCGACUGAGAAGUGCACUAUAUUGCCUGCUAUAGAGGUCGGCAACCGACCGGAGGCUUUCCGUAUGCUGGGAGGUCACCUUUGUCAUAUAGACCAAGCUGAACGUUUUUUGGGUUUUGAUACAGCCAACCCCUCCAGUUUUGUGGUGGUCGUGCCCCUGGCGACUUGUUUUGAUGUAAUCAAAGAAGUGGCGAUCUACUCAUCGGAAACUGGACGAUGGACUUUUGCGCUGAAUGAGUGGAGACGCGACGCUAUGGUUCGUGGUGAUCAAUCUGCCAUCUUUCUGAAUGGAAUUGUGCAUUUGACUACCUUCGAUUCUUCAAUAGUAACAGUGGACAGCGAGGGAAAGAUUUGGAGAGAAAUUAGAGCGCCAUACUUGUUGGCUGCCAUUGGACUGUCUCAGGGAUGCUUGCAUGCUUGGAAUGUAGAUGAUCGUUGCCAACUCUUCGUUUGGGUUCUUGAGGAUUAUGCUAGCGGAAAAUGGACACUAAAGCACACUGCUAAUGUUUUGGGACUGUUCGGAAGCCCUGCAACUUCUGCGACUGAUAUGGACAUUGACAAGGCCCUAGGUGAUGAGGAAACCGAUUACGCGGCCACCUCGAAAACUACUCCAUGGGACGUUAUUGAGCUUCUGGACGAUGAGGAAGAAGUGCCUCUGAGAGAGAGAAGGAGGAGGGGCAGGGCGCCGAGCGGGAAAGGAGCCGAGGGUCAGGUGCUUUAG